AUGGCCAGCAUCGUAGCGAUCCUCGACUUGAAGGGCAAGCCACUGAUUCAGCGGUCAUACCGUGAUGAUGUGGAUCCAUCAGCAUUGGAGCGAUUUCUCCCUCUGUUGACCGAAAUUGAAGAGGAGCGAGGAGCUGGCGCGAUUCAACCAUGCCUCAGUGCCCAGGGUGUGAAUUAUAUGCAUGUUCGCCAUACCAAUUUGUAUUUACUCGCCCUCUCGCGACGAAAUACGAAUGCUGCUGAAAUUUUGCUAUUUUUGCACAAGCUUGCAUCUGUGCUGGAGGAAUACUUUAAGCAGCUGGAAGAAGAGUCGAUUCGGGACAAUUUUGUGAUCCUGUACGAGCUGCUAGAUGAAAUGAUGGACUUUGGAUACCCCCAGACAACAGAGAGCAAAAUUCUUCAGGAAUAUAUCACGCAAGAGUCGCACAAGCUCGAGGUCCAGGUACGCCCUCCGAUGGCUGUCACGAAUGCCGUAUCGUGGCGCUCCGAAGGCAUUCGGUACCGCAAAAACGAAGUGUUCUUGGACGUGAUUGAGAGCGUGAAUUUGCUGGUCAAUGCCAACGGUCAUGUUGUACGCAGUGAAAUUGUCGGCACCAUCAAGAUGAAGUGCUAUCUGUCUGGUAUGCCUGAAUUACGUUUGGGGCUCAACGACAAGGUCAUGUUCGAAACCAUGGGACGCACGACGCGCGGAAAGUCGAUCGAGAUGGAAGAUGUCAAAUUUCACCAGUGCGUGCGACUCUCGCGUUUUGAAAAUGACCGGACCAUUUCGUUCAUUCCACCCGAUGGUGAGUUCGAGCUGAUGAGCUACCGACUUAACACGCAAAUCAAGCCGCUCAUCUGGGCCGAAGCGGUGGUGGAGCGCCAUGAAGGCAGCCGCAUUGAGUUUAUGGUCAAGGUCAAGGCACAAUUCAAGCGGCGCUCGACGGCCAACAAUGUGGAAAUACUUAUCAAUGUGCCAGACGAUGCCGACUCGCCCAAGUUCCGCGCGGCGAUUGGGUCCGUGUCAUACGCGCCAGAGCUAUCGGCUAUGGUGUGGAAAAUCAAGCAGCUGGGUGGUGGUAAAGAGUACCUGAUGCGUGCGCACUUUGGCCUACCCAGUGUUCAGGACGAGGAGAGCAUGGUGCGCCGCACGCCGAUCAAUGUCAAGUUCGAAAUACCCUACUUUACUGUAUCUGGCAUCCAAGUGCGAUACCUCAAGAUCGUAGAAAAGUCCGGCUACCAGGCCCUUCCAUGGGUGCGCUAUAUCACGCAAAAUGGGGAGUAUGACCUGCGCACCCAGAGCGAGAAGAAUGCCUCGCACCUGUCCCACUUUGCUACAUAG